AUAAUUUCAUUUCACACCCAGGUGAGGCAAAUUGUUCAUUUGGCCGGGUUCGGCAACAUUAACGAGCUCACCGAUUACUGUACAGAGAGAGAGAGAGCGAGCGAGAGAGGGAGUACUAAACUUGUGUUUUGCAUUAGAAAGAGAGAGAAACCUAUUAGAGGAAUAGCUGUGUCUUAUCUGAUUUAGAGAGAGAGAGAGAGGAGAUGAAGGGUUUGAUUUGCAUCCUGAUCCUUUCCACCGUGUUUCGGCCAUCCGAUGCAGAAGGGGUCAGUCCCCUGGAGGCAAAGCAGCUCAGAGACGAGGUUCAACAAAUGUUUUAUCAUGCAUUUGAUGGAUACAUGGAACAUGCUUUUCCCUUGGAUGAAUUAAGACCAUUAACCUGCUCUGGAGAAGACUCACUUGGUUCUUAUGCUCUCACUCUUAUUGACUCAUUGGACACAUUGGCCUUAUUGGGAGACAGUUCACGCUUUACUGCUGCUGUUGAAUGGAUUGGUCAAAACUUGAGUUUUGAUAUAAAUAAAACAGUGUCUCUUUUUGAGACCACAAUCCGUGUUCUUGGGGGUUUGCUCUCGGCCCAUCUUAUUGCAAGUGACUAUGCUACAGGUAUGAAAGUUGAUUCGUAUGAUGAUCAGUUACUUCAUGUGGCUGAGGAUUUGGGUCAAAGAUUACUUCCUGCAUUUGAAACUCCAACAGGGAUUCCUUUUGGUUCCGUCAAUCUAUUAUAUGGAGUUGAUGAACAUGAAAGCAAGAUAACAUCAACAGCUGGUGGUGGCACUCUAACAAUAGAAUUUGGAGUACUGAGUCGCCUGACAGGCAAUCCUGUAUUUGAGAAAGUGACGAAGAACGCAGUUCGUGGAAUAUGGGUUCGACGCUCUGAAAUUGAUCUUGUUGGUGCCCACAUAAAUGUUUUUACUGGGGAAUGGACACAAAAGGAUGCUGGAAUAGGGACAAGUAUUGACUCCUUCUACGAGUAUCUUCUGAAAGCCUAUUUAUUAUUUGGAGAUGAAGAGUACCUGUACAUGUUCCAGGAAGCCUACAGGGCUGUAAUGCACUACCUGCAUAAUGAUCCUUGGUAUGUGGAGGUCAAUAUGAAUUCUGCUGCUGUAGUGUGGCCGUUAUUCAACAGUUUACAGGCAUUCUGGCCUGGUCUUCAGGUUUUAGCUGGGGACGUUGAACCUGCCGCACGUACACACAAGGCCUUCUUCAGUGUUUGGAAGAGGUACGGUUUUACCCCUGAGGGUUUUAAUCUUGCGACAUUCAGUGUUCAGAAUGGUCAGAAGAGCUAUCCGUUGCGACCAGAGUUAAUUGAGAGCACAUAUUGGCUAUUCAAAGCCACAAGAGAUCCAAUGUAUCUUGAUGCUGGACGUGACAUGGUUGCUAGCUUGCAAUAUGGUGCCAGGUGCCCGUGUGGAUAUUGCCAUAUCACAGAUGUGGAGUCUCACAAACAAGAGGACCAUAUGGAAAGCUUUUUUCUUGCUGAAACAGUUAAAUAUCUGUGGCUUCUUUUUGAUUUGGCUGUGAGUGCAGACAACAUGGUCGAAAAUGGUCCUUAUAGGUAUAUAUUCAGCACAGAAGGCCACUUAUUUCCCAUAUCUCCUGAGAUAUCUCUGGUAGAAGAGCACUGUUCAUAUUUUGGGGCAUUUUGCAAGGGCAAGGAGAGGCAUACACAUAAAAAAUCUGAUGCCUAUGAUCAUCUUGAGACAAACAAAACCAGAAUAUAUUCAGAUGGGGGUCAAAGUGUUUCACUCCAAUCAGAGACUUCAAUUUCUACCUCUGGGUUUAUCAAGGGGCUCUGCCCAGGGGUGUCCCAUAGGAGGAAGCUUGGCAUAACCUAUUCAACAGAUGAAGGGAAACAAAUGAAGAAAAUGCACAUCGAUGACUCUAGACAUUCCCACCAUUUUCAGGAUUUGCAAAGGCCUUCCUCGAUUCGAAUUUCUAGUCUGAAACACAAAUAUGUAGUAUUAUAUAAUGAGGGUGAUGAGAGGAAAACAGAUACUUCAAAUCAAGUGGCCUCGACUGAUGGCCAUGACAUGGAUAGGGGAGAUACGGUGCCUAAUUCAAGUGAUGAUUCCCUGCCUGCAAGAACUAUUGCGGCUUUCUAGUGAAUACCCAAUUUGAUUGGGGUAUCAUCAUCAAUGAACUGGGAAUCUUUCGAGUUGUCCAUUGUAUUGAAUUAAAGCUCAAGUUUUCCAUGAAAAACCUUCAUUAUUGGGUUCAGUGAGAUAGAGUAACUUGGAAGAGAAUGUGAAAUGGACCUCAAUGAUUAAACUGCGACGGAACAGGGUUAAGAAGUCUAUACUAAUCUGAUUACCAUGCCUUGAAGCAUCACACUAAUUCUUUCUUGAUUUAGAAAUUUGAGGUUGCUUUAAAUUCAUAUAAUUGUUCUCUUUAUCACCCAAAAAAAGAUAUAAUUGUUCUAUGAAUUUUGCUUUCAAUUUCUUGUGAUGUAUGUCUCACAUGUGGCAGACUAACUGAAAGAAUUCAUUCUUGCUUGAUAGAUGAAGUCAACAUUUUAAGAUUCAAAAA